GUCAGCAUCCAUCCGCAGCACUUCAGUUAAGCUAAUAUUCGUCAAGUAUCGCCCUCUUACGAGACAUUUUCACGAUUCAUCGUAUCCGUAUUAUUAAUAUGUUAUUCAACGUUUCAAACGUUUUUCGUCCUCUGGAGACAAUGGACAAGAAUGGCACCUUCCCUGAGACGUCAGAUGAGGCUCUCUCCAAGAAGAUCGCAAAAACAACAGCUUACGUACUGCUCUUUCUCAUCUCAGUGGCCGGCAACUCGUUCAUCGUUUGGGUCAUCCAUAGGGACAAACGUCUUCGUAACACGACUAAUAUCUUGGUGGCCAACAUGGCAGUAAGUGAUCUUCUUGUCCCAGUCUUCACUAUUCAAGGAGAAGUCUUAGAUAUGUAUUGUCUUUACACAUCAAAGCCAUUGAACAAUGACUUUGGACUUGGUCUGUGUAAACUUGUACAUUUUUUCCAAGAAGUGUCAGUUGUAGUGUCUAUUUAUAGCUGCAUCUUCAUCGCCAUUGAUCGGUAUUUCGCCGUGGUAUAUCCUCUAAAACGCGGCUUUAGCAAGACGAGGUUGAAGUACAUCAUCCCAGGGAUCUGGAUCUUUGCUCUGAUGAUGGGCGCACCCAACCUCUACAAAUACCGAAUAGUAAACGGCAAAGGACACAAAAUCUGUCAAGAAGAUUGGUCACCCGCAGGAGUACCUCACAUGGAAGCUAUGCGUAUUCAAAUGUUUAUUUUAUUCUCACUUCUCAAUGGUUUGCCGAUUCCUUUCAUCACCGUACUUUACGUACUGAUAUGCAUCAAACUACGCAACCAGAAAGGCCCAGGAGUUGUUGGUGAUGCAGCAAGGGCAAGAAGACAGCGUCAAAACAACAAAGUCUUAAAACUAUCGAUAGUGAUUGUCUGUCUUCUUUUCUUCAGUUGGCUGUUUCUCGAUAUUGUUCUAUUUCUGGGACUACUAGGUGAACUAGACUCGUUGCCAGUUAUUACAGCAGCUAACAUUGUCUUUGCUGCCAGAUUCAUUGCUUAUUCGAGUUCUUCUUAUAACAUUUUUGUUUAUUUGAUUUUCACUAAAAAUUAUCGAGAACAUCUCAAGAUCUUGGUAUCUCUUGUUUGUUGUAAAGGCUCAGCGAAUUCGCUACCGAUUUCCAGUAGUGAUCAGAAAAGGGUUGGACAAAGCCCUGAACACCACUAA